CGUGUUCCCCAGACUUAUCUUCUCCGCGCGCUCACUACGGCCGUUGAACGACCAUACCCGUACCCAACUUCGUUGUUUCUUUUUGAUACCCCACAUUCGCCGCUCCUUGGGCGACUCUGCAAACACACGGCACCAUGACGACCGGAUUCGCGGCGUCCUUCUGGUCGAGCGACUAUGCCGGAGGCCUGGGCGUUCUUUUUGGGAAGCUGCAGCAGGGAGUCCAGGAAAACCAGCAGAUUCUGACUGUGGCCCGCAUGCGAGCUGAUGCCGAGGAGGCCUAUGGAAGCAGUCUGUCCGCAAUUACACCAGCCACCGAUCGCAUAGGCGGGGGCUUCAGCAGAGAUGAGGGCGCAAGCGUGCGCAAGGCCUACGAAGGUGUGCGCACUGAGAUGGAGGCAGCGGCCGCAAACCACAAGAAGAUCGCAUCCAACAUUCGAGAGCUAGUAGUCAACCCCUUCGGCCGCUGGUGCGAGGCGCAUGCCGCCCGCGUGCAAAACUCCCAGGAUGAUCUUCAAUCGCGCAUCAAGAUCCACGACCGACAAGCCGAUGCUGUCCGCAAGUACCGAUCGCAAUAUUACAACAAGUGCCGGCUCGUCGAGGACUUGGAAGAGGAGGACAAGCUGGCAUUCCAGGACCCCCAGAGCGAGGCCGCACAGAGCCCCAAGAUGAAGGUGCCCACCAUCAAGAUGUCCGAGCCAGAGAACGAGGAAGAAGAGCCUAUCGACCUUGGCGACGAGACCUACCAGCCAGACCAGGUCAAGAAGAUCCUCACCCACAUGCUGGACAACAUCAAGAUCGCAGAGGUCAAGGUUCCCAUCCUUGGUACCUACCAGAACUGCUCAAGCGGUGCCGAUAUCACUGAGUACAUCCAAAAGCACAUGGCAGCAACCACCGUGAGCUAUGCGGAGCGCAUUGGUCAGGAUCUCGUAGCACAUGGCUUCCUGCGCUUGGUCGGCAAUGUUGGCAACACUUUCGCAAACAGCUCCCGAAUGAACUACCAGUGGAAGCCCAAGACGUUCCAGGUUACCGGACUGCCUGAAAAGAAGCAGCCCCUGGCACGUUCUUCCACCGCCAUGUCAACUUCAUCGGCCGACAGCAUCGCCGUUGACUCGCCCGUCUCGACUGUUCAGGAGUAUCUCCAGGGAUGGAACCCACUCAACAACCAGUACCCGAACGAGACACCGGCAGAGAGGCUUCGACGGGAAGCUCACGAGUCUGACGAGCGAUACAAGGCCUCCGUCAAGAAGCUUGACUCGCUGCGCUGCAACCUGGAAGAGGCUAUGGUUGAUCACCUCAAAUUCAUGGAACGUUGUGAACUAGACAGGCUGAAGGCUAUCAAGGCGGUCAUCUUGGAUUUCUCCGGCGCCGUUAGCAACGUCAUUCCUAGUCUUCAGAGCACCGUCGAUAAGAUGAUGCUGUUCCAGGAGACAGUCCAGCCCCUGGGCGACCUCCGAUACAUGCUCGAGAACUACAGGACUGGACCAUUCGUGCCUAGAGUCACGACCUAUGAGAACUACUACAACUCGGUAGACGAGCAAACGUUCGGUGUAGACUUGGAGGCUCGGGCUCGUUCAGACAAGAAGCGUGUUCCGGUGCUCAUCACAACAGUCCUCACAUUCCUGGACAACCAUUAUCCCGACUUGGAAGGCGACGAAGCCCGCCGUGGCAUCUGGCUUGUUGACGUUCCUCUGUCGCAGACCCACAACCUCCGGGCUGAAAUUAACACCGGCAAGAGAUUCCCUGACGAACUGCUUGAGAAGUAUGAUGUACCGAUCGUCGCUAGUGUCCUUAAGCUUUAUCUUCUGGAACUUCCUGACUCACUGGUUUCUUCUCACGUUUACGAGAUCGUCAAGACUAUCUACAGCACUACUGCCACAGAUGUGUCCGAAGAGACUCGGGUCUCUGUUCUUCAAUCUACUCUUGGCCAAUUACGUCUCGCGAACAUCGCAACGCUCGAUGCCAUCUGUACCCAUUUCACUCGUCUCAUUGAGCUGACUUCUGCCGAUGAGACUUAUGUUGCAGCAUUGGCCAAUGCACUUGCGCCAUGCAUUCUAAGGCCAAGGCAAGAAUCGAGUUUGACAAUGAACGAGCGCUAUAGCUACCGUCUCGUCCGCGACCUUUUCGCACACAAGGAUGCGAUUUUCGGGGAGUUGAAGCGCGCAAGCACGCUCACUCACUCAUCUUCAGGCGCACAGCGUCCACGCGCGAUAUCCACAGAUGAGAGUAACCGACGAGCAAACAUGGAGGAGCGCCAGCGUGCCAUUGCGGCUCAGCGUUCUCCACGGGCAACAUCGCCAGCACCUGGCUCACGCAUCUCUGGGUCGCAUCGCCGUGACAGAAGUCAAACUCGAUUCCCGGUGAACACAUCCUCGCCCACCGAGACUCGGAGGAGUAACGGAACAAACCGUGGUUCGCUUGAAGUACCCGGAAGUGAUGAUAGCCCCACCCACGAGACAACUCCUGUAACUACGAACGGUACAACAGAGGCUGCUCCUGCUCCCGCUACUGCCCCUGUUGAGCACCCAGCGCCAUCAAGCACGCGAGUGCCUUUCCCACGGAAGCAUGCAGGCAGCUUGACAAGGGGCAACCGGGACUCUACCGGUAGCUUGAGGAGUGAUGACACGGCACCAAGAGGCGUUACGCUAGAAGACACACCUGCAGCACCACGAGGUGUUACGCUGGAAGACAAGCCCAUGGAUGAUUAGUGGUAGACAUGGUUCAGACUUCAGCAAGCAUUUUCCUUCGGGAAGUGAAAGAAGGCAGCCUACACCGCCCGCCCCGCCCAGAGAGUCCCAUGUAUACUGGAAAGUAACGUACUGGGAAAUUGGCCAAGGGCUGACCCUGAAAGAGAGUAGCAGGACGGGCAGUCGUACUGCACCUGUGGAGGAGUGAAUAGCGUAUUUGAACGCUGUAUACAUAGUCUGGGACCAAUGAUUUGACGGCAUGCCUAAUGGUGGUAUGUGGAAUGCAGCAUGAUAACUACGAGUGCAGACGGCAAUUGAAAUCUGAUGUUUGUUCACGCUACUCUGCUUGUUGACAAUGGCGGCUCGUACCUGAGGCUAACCAGGGUACCGGC